GCUGCUCCUCCUCCUCCAACAAUGUAUAACCAGCCGAGGACUCUGCCUGGUCAGCUACAAGUGCACAUUCAGACCAGGACCUGGAUGAAGACGACACCUCCCCACACACACAAUGGCAGGAGACAAGAUCACUGGGACCUUGGCUUUCACCGUCUUCACAGCUGUUCUGGGCUCCUUCCAGUUUGGAUAUGACAUUGGCGUGAUCAAUGCACCUCAAGAGGUAAUACUGUCCCAUUAUCGGCAUGUUUUGGGUGUUGAGCUAGAUGAUCGAAGAGCUCCUGGUAACUAUGCUGUGAACAGCACAGACACCCCACUCAUAGUCACACCAGCAUAUGGCACACCAGCGUCCUGGGAGGAAGACGAGCCUGCAGCAUCUGCUCACAUCGUCACUAUGCUCUGGUCUCUGUCUGUGUCCAGCUUCGCAGUGGGUGGAAUGGUCGCCUCUUUCUUUGGUGGGUGGCUAGGCGACAAGCUUGGAAGGAUCAAAGCUAUGUUGGCAGCAAACAGUCUCUCAUUGACUGGAGCCCUCUUGAUGGGGUGUUCCAAAUUCGGACCAUCACACAUCCUCAUCAUUGCUGGAAGAAGCGUAUCAGGACUGUACUGUGGGCUAAUUUCAGGACUGGUUCCUAUGUACAUUGGUGAGAUUGCUCCAACCACGCUCAGGGGUGCUCUGGGCACUCUUCACCAACUGGCCAUUGUCACAGGCAUUCUUAUUAGUCAGAUUGCGGGCCUGAGCUUUAUUCUGGGCAACCAGGAUCACUGGCACAUCCUACUCGGCCUCUCUGCCGUACCAGCUCUCCUGCAGUGUCUGCUGUUACUCUUCUGUCCAGAAAGCCCCAGAUACCUUUAUAUCAAGUUGGAAGAAGAAGUCAAAGCAAAGAAAAGCUUGAAGAGACUAAGAGGAACUGAGGAUGUCACUAAAGAUAUCAAUGAGAUGAAAAAGGAGAAAGAGGAGGCAUCGACUGAGCAGAAAGUCUCCGUGAUCCAGCUCUUCACAGAUUCCAAUUACCGGCAGCCCAUCGUUGUGGCGCUGAUGCUGCACAUGGCACAGCAGUUUUCUGGAAUCAAUGGCAUAUUCUACUAUUCAACCAGCAUUUUCCAGACGGCUGGGGUCAGCCAACCUGUGUACGCGACCAUUGGCGUUGGUGCCAUCAACAUGAUCUUCACUGCCGUCUCUGUGUUGCUUGUGGAGAGAGCCGGGCGGAGGUCCCUGUUUCUCGCUGGGAUGAUUGGCAUGUUUUUCUGCACCAUCUUUAUGUCAGUGGGACUCGUGCUGCUGGAUAAAUUCACUUGGAUGAGUUACGUGAGCAUGACCGCCAUCUUCCUUUUCGUCAGUUUCUUUGAGAUUGGGCCAGGUCCAAUCCCUUGGUUCAUGGUUGCUGAGUUUUUCAGCCAAGGACCGCGUCCCACUGCUCUGGCACUGGCUGCCUUCUGCAACUGGGUCUGCAAUUUCAUCAUAGCACUCUGCUUCCAGUACAUUGCGGACUUCUGUGGGCCUUACGUAUUCUUCCUCUUUGCCGGGGUGGUCCUGGCCUUCACGCUGUUUACAUUCUUUAAAGUUCCAGAAACCAAAGGAAAGUCUUUUGAGGAAAUCGCUGCAGAAUUCCGGAAGAAGAGUGGGUCAGCCCCACCCUGCAAGGCUGCUGUACAAAUGGAAUUCCUGCGGGCUUCAGAGACAGCGUGAGGAUGGCCUGCCUAAAGCCCAGGAACAGACACGAGGGGAAUCACAUGUUCCCCUCUUAACGGAUUCUUCACACGUGUACAUCUACACCCGAGAGUAUUGUUCCAUUCCUUUUGAAGAAUUCGUACAGACUCUGAUUAGAAAUGUUAACAAAUAUUACCAACGGAAGUAUUUUUUUUAACUUACAGCAUCUAUUUUUGAUGGCAAAGGCUGUUAUUUGCUACUCUACAGGGAAAGUGUGCUGUCAUCUUCUUAGUCCUGUUCGCUUUUGUCAAACUGAAAUUGAAGUGUUUUCGAUAUAUCGCUGCUUUUAAAGCAUGUGACUAAGAAACCUGAAGCUAUAACUGAUGUGUGUGUGUGUGUGUGUGUGUGUGUGUGUGUGUGUGUGAAUUUUUUUUAGCCCCAGAACGGAUGCUAAAUGACAUGGCUAAGGCCCACCAGGCUCACACUCAAACUGACUUUUCUGUUGUAAUUCAGCUUCUGUCGUAUGUAUUAAGAGCUUGUGUUUUGCUUUAAACUAUUUUUCUGAAUUUUUAUAUAGAAUAGCUGAGUAUGUUAAACUAUAUUUGUGAUAACAAACCUUUUUAUAGCUACCAAAAUCUCCCUACAGCAAGAGAAAACACGUUGGUUUCUUUGUUUGGUGCAUUUUGCAAGGUUUUCCUGUCCUCAGAGCCUAGACUAUCUGUUAAUAUUGGUGUCUAACCCACACUGCUCCCUCCCCUCCUCAGUCCCUCGUGUUAUACUUUGACUUAUUUUUAAAUUGCCCAUAGUGUUUUUGUCUGAGGUGGGAUAAGAUACACUAAGUCAGGCAUCUUGCAUAUGGCCUCCAAACUCUAAUAAACUGGAUCAAUCUCACAGGAAAAUCUGCAGUAAAAUGUUGCUUUGUUUGAAAAAAAUCUGUCAAAAUUUUUUAAAUUAUGGCAUCUCAAAAGAAGUUUACUCUCAGACCUCAUCAAAGCCCCUCUCCUCUUUAAUUUCUCUGGAAACACCUAGCAGGUUCCCUGACAUGUAACAGUCACCUUUCACCAGUUUCUCUUUGUCUUUACCACG